AAAAAAAUACUAAAUAAGUAAUUAAAAGGGAAAAAUUUUUUGUUUAAUAGUAUUUUGAGAGACGGAAAGAGGAGAAACAGAGCAGAGGGAGACAUGGAGACUGCGAUUUGUGGGAGAAUAGCUCUCUCGCCUAAUCAUGUCCUUAGCCCUAAAUCGGGAGACAAGCAUUCUCUUUCUAGAGGACCAUGGAUCAGUAGAGGGAUUCUAAUGGCUUUAUCAGCUACAGGAUUAGGUAAAGGAGGUGGGUUAUUGGAGAGGCCAAUCAUAGAGAAAACCACUCCUGGCCGUGAAUCUGAGUUUGACUUAAGGAAAUCAAGGAAAACAGCUCCACCUUAUCGGGUGAUAUUGCACAAUGACAACUACAAUAAAAGGGAAUAUGUUGUACAAGUACUGAUGAAGGUUAUCCCUGGAAUGACCCUUGAUAAUGCAGUUAACAUAAUGCAAGAAGCACAUUACAAUGGCUUGUCAGUGGUGAUUAUUUGUGCUCAGGCUGAUGCUGAAGACCAUUGCAUGCAGCUGAGGGGUAAUGGGCUUUUGAGUUCGAUAGAACCUGCGAGUGGUGGGUGCUGAAGGUGGACAACAUAUGCGAGUCUUUUCAUGGUUCCUAGUAAAAUUAUCUUCAUCAGAGUAUUAGAUAGUGUAUAUAAGUCAGCAAUGUCAGUGUUUGUAUGAUCUCGUCAUCCAUGCGCAAAUUCAAACAAACGUAUAGUCGGUCAUUUUUUAAUAAAAGCGGCCGACUUCACAGCUAUUUACGUAAAUUUCAAGGUGAUACUUAAUUGUCUUUCCCCUUA